CAUUUGCUUGGGGUGAGAAUUGAACCCCCCUCACAGAGAUGGAAGGAGGUGCCGGAAUGCCUAGUAUCAGAGCUAAUUGUAAAAUUUCUUUUCAAAACAGCGCAUAGCGCGUGCCGGAAUGCCUAGUAUCAAGAUAUUUUGUAAGUAUCUCUAAAGAUUCGAUUUUUCUGUUUCUUCUUCAAUGGCGGAUGCUAUCCGUUUAUUUUAUUGCAAUUCCCUUCGACUUUCCGUAUAAUUUUGGCAUCAAAUUAAUCGCAAUUCCCUUUAAAAUCGUUGAUUCUGCUUUUGUUUCUUCCUUCAAACCCAGAAAGGAACCGUCCUCUUUCAAGUAAUUUGCAUUUUAUUGAUUGCUGUUUGAGAGAAAGAUAAGAGCAGGUUCCGUGGUUUAUAGAGAGAGGGAGGAGUAAUUCGAAACUCACUGAGAGAAACUAACAGAGGGAAUCGCAUUGAGAGUUUAAUGUUCCGGGGUUUCAGUUGUCGUUCUCCUUAAGUGAAAGCCAUGGACUCCGAUCAUCUUCACUUAUUUCUCUGCGGAAAAUCGUCGGCCGAGAAAGAUAUUGCUUAUUCUCUCCUUUCUAAUUCUAAUUCUAAUAAUAAUUACAAUACUUGUCAAUUUCAAGUUCCCAAUACCAAUGCCAAUACAUCUCUUCGUCUUCAAUCUCACCUCCCUCGACCUACCAACGCAUCGUUUAAUGUGGAUUCCUUCUUCACUUCUCUUUCUACUUGUCGUUUUGGGCGCUUUCUCAUUUGGUCUCCUCGCUUGCCUUCUACCCACGACGUCGUUUCACAUAAUUUCAGUGAGCUUCCUGUUGGAUCAGUUUGUGUUGCUGAUGUUCAAUUCAAAGGCAAAGGAAGGUCAGCAAAUGUUUGGGAAUCUCCACCAGGUUGUCUUAUGUUUUCGUUUACAUUACAGAUGGAGGAUGGACGAAUAGUGCCUUUAGUGCAAUAUAUUGCUUCUCUUGCACUUACGGAAGCUAUUAAAGAUCUUUGUUUUAACAAUGGCCUGCCUCAGUUGGGAAUUAAAAUUAAGUGGCCUAAUGACCUUUACUUAAAUGGCUUCAAGGUUGGUGGGGUACUCUGCACAUCCACUUAUAAAUCGAAGAAAUUCAAUAUCAGUGUGGGGAUUGGAUUAAAUGUAGAUAAUAAACAGCCGACAACUUGCUUGAAUGCAAGGUUGCAACAAAUAGCCUCUAUGUCCUGCCAACUACGCAAAGAAGACAUCUUGGCCUCCUUCUUUGACAAGUUUGAGAAUUUCUUUGACCAAUUCUUAAGCCAAGGUUUCAAACCUUUAGAGGAACUCUACUACCAGACUUGGUUGCACAGUGGACAAAGAGUUAUUGUACAGGAUACACGUGAAGGCCAAACAGUGGAAAAUGCUGCUACUAUUCAGGGAUUGACAUCAUCGGGGUAUCUAUUGGCAAUUGGAGAUGAUGGCCAAAUGUGUGAACUUCACCCAGAUGGCAAUAGCCUUGACUUCUUCAAAGGACUAGUCAGACACAAAUUGAGUUAAAGAAUGCUCUACCAUUCAUUUUCAUGUGCUAUUUAUAAGGUCGCUACAAGUAAAAGGGGCCCAAAAUCAAGGCAUUAUCUUCUGUAAUGAGCAAAGUGAGUCGCUUUUCUUAGGGGUGAAAAUAUUAGGUGAAUAUUACCCGAGUUUAAAUAUGGUUUUGAGCAAGUCCAGCAUAUUUAGCAAAGUAAUGAUGAUAAUUUGUCCAUCUUCUAGGAGAUCUAAUUAAGGGUAUCCUGUUUCCCAUUGGGGUGUUGAUACAGUGUCAUAGAAACUUUCUCAGAGAUAGAACCCCUCUUUUGGUGCCUGGGACACCUUAGUAGCUGGAGCCCCUUCUUUUUCAUCUAAUAUUAGUUUUCCAUUGGUAAGGGCUGAGGAGAGAUAUACACUAGUUUUAUCUAGCAAACAUUUAAACAGUUGUAUUGUCCAGAAUCCAAUGAAUUUUAAUUUGUUUGUUGCUUACCUGCCUUCUAUUUUAAAAUUUGUGGAUUUUCUAGAAUAGAUGGUGGAAUAUCACGACUUUUAAUGAAUGAAUUCGAUAAGUUGCAUUACAAUAUUGUGAUUUUUUUCACCAUAUGCCUCUUAUUAAGUACUGCAUAAGGUUUAGGAGUACUGCAAAGGUUCUUUAAUGAAUGCCGUAUGACUUUAUAUUAAUAAUUAAUGAAUUGAUUUCACUAUUUAAUAAAGUGCUUAAUUAAAUAACAAAAGAAUCUGUUUUACAUAAUUAACCCAUGUUUUUUCCUUCUAAACGUCUAGGAGUCAAUUUUGAAUGGUCUAGUUGGACUUUGCCAACUACUUAACUCAUCAUUGAAUUAAGAUAAAUCAUUCUGCCCAAAUAUAAUAAUUAAUAUUAUUAAUAACUCUAAUAAAGUAAUGAAAUGAAUAAAGCUGAGUUGGUGUCUUGGUGAGGUGGUGAGGUAGUUGUCUUGAAAUCUGAAUGGCAAAUCAUAUAAAGCACUUGGUCAAGCUGCAUAAAUAACUAGACCAGCACAUCAAGUAGUGAGGUUUAUUGGGGCUAAGUAUCUCAUACUUCGUAUGUCAAUGGCGCUAGGUGAUGCAUGCAACUGCGUACAUGAUACUCAGUAUAUUACAGUAUUAAUCGUUAUUUUAUUAUAUUAUUGGCAGGUAAGAAUUAAGAAGGCAAUCUUUUAAGCCAGGGUUAUUUAUAUUGAAAAUGACUUGGUUGUACUAGUAAGAGGAAGGUGGCCUCAGCCUUUAUAAAUUUGACCUUAGGGUUCAUCGUUUUCCUUACCUCGGAAAAAAAGAGUAACUAAUGAAAAUACAUAAAUAAUAAUAAUAAUAGUACGAUUAUAUAAAUGUGGGUAAAUAGAUAAUAGUAGUAAGACAAAAAUGGAAACAAUAGAGAAUUAUUGGGGCACUUUGUUUAACAGAAGAAGAAGAGUUUGAUUCAUCCUCAUGGACAUUCUUGUCUUGGUCUGGUUUAGUGACAUGGGACUUGUACAGUAACACAAGGGUGGACCAAACUUCAACUCAAGAAUAAAGCUUCUGUUGCUUUCAAAUCCCAGUUACCCUAUGCAUUUAUUUGAAGUUGCCCAAUGCCCACCACUUGAUUUCUGUGAUUUAAUCUCUGAAUACUCUGUUUUUAGCUUCUUUCUCCUUUUAUCAAAUUAAUUAUAAAUUCUUGUUUCACUUUUAACAGUUGUGCAUGUCAAACUUGCUUGUUUCUCUACUCUCUAGUCAUUGAAGAAACUAGAUAUUACAGAGUAUAAGUCUUUGUUAUGUGUUACCAAGUAAAUGAUUGGUUAAGCUUAAGAUGAACAAGCUAAUGAACUUUUCGUGAAUAAUCCAAAGUAUCAUUUGAUACAGAGUUGGCAGCAAAUCUUUCUUCCCAUCUAAACUAAAUUUCUGGAGUGACAUGCGUAAUGGCAAUAUAGAUGUACAAUACAAGAAACAUUCUAGAAAUAACAAGAUAGUGAGAUAUAGAAUGCUGAAGGUGAUGCCUGAAACAGGUGAUCUAAUAAAGAGUAGUACAUGGUAUUUAUGUUGC